AUGGUUAAAAAUGAAAUGGAAAGUUUCCAGAUCAAGGCUUUCACGUCCCUCCACUUCCUGUCGGAGCCUUCGGAUGCCAUCACCAUGCGGGGAGGAAAUGUCCUCCUGAACUGCUCUGCGGAGUCAGACCGAGGAGUCCCGGUCAUCAAGUGGAAGAAAGAUGGCAUGCCCCUGGCCUUGGGGAUGGACGAAAGGAAGCAGCAACUGCCCAAUGGGUCUCUGUUGAUACAGAACAUCCUGCACUCCAGGCACCAUAAGCCGGACGAGGGGCUGUACCAGUGUGAGGCGUCUCUAGGAGAUUCUGGGUCAAUCAUCAGUCGGACAGCAAAAGUCGCAGUAGCAGGACCUCUGAGGUUUCUGUCCCAGACAGAGUCUGUCACGGCCUUCAUGGGAGACACGGUGUUACUCAAGUGUGAGGUCAUCGGGGAGCCCAUGCCAGCGAUCCACUGGCAGAAAAACCAGCAGGACCUGGCUCUGGGCCUGGGCGACUCCCGGGUGGUGGCCUUGCCCUCGGGUGCGCUGCAGAUCAGCAGACUCCAGCCUGCGGACACGGGCAUCUACCGGUGCUUAGCCCGCAACCCAGCCAGCUCGAGAACUGGAAACGAAGCCGAAGUCAGGAUUCUAUCAGACCCAGGAUUGCAUAGGCAGCUGUAUUUUCUGCAAAGACCUUCCAAUGUGGUAGCCAUUGAAGGAAAGGAUGCUGUCCUAGAGUGCUGUGUAUCCGGCUAUCCUCCCCCGAGCUUCACCUGGUUACGAGGAGAAGAAGUCGUCCAACUCAGGUCCAAAAAGUAUUCACUAUUGGGUGGAAGCAACUUGCUUAUCUCCAAUGUGACAGAUGAUGACAGUGGAACGUACACCUGCGUUGUCACAUAUAAAAAUGAGAAUAUCAGUGCUUCUGCAGAGCUUACAGUCUUGGUGUGUUCGGAGCAGAAAUUUGAGCUGAUGGAUCUAACGGGAUCAAACCCUGUGAAAGAGAUGAAGAUACAUCAGGAUAUAGAACAGCGUCUAUAUGGCUCCAAAGUGAUCACUAAGUAA